AAUAUUUGGAGUUUUCCUGGUCUUACUGGAUGUCACUCUCCUCCUUGCCGACCUAAUUUUCACUGAUAGCAAACUUUAUAUUCCUUUGGAGUAUCGUUCUAUUUCUCUAGCUAUUGCCUUAUUUUUUCUCAUGGAUGUUCUUCUUCGAGUAUUUGUAGAAGGGAGACAGCAGUAUUUUUCUGACUUAUUUAACAUUUUAGAUACUGCCAUUAUUGUGAUUCCUUUGCUGGUUGAUGUCGUUUACAUUUUUUUUGACAUUAAGUUUCUUAGGAAUAUUCCCAGAUGGACACAUUUAGUUCGACUUCUACGACUUAUUAUUCUGAUAAGAAUUUUUCAUCUGGUUCAUCAAAAAAGACAACUUGAAAAGCUGAUGAGAAGGCUGGUUUCAGAAAACAAAAGGCGAUACACAAGGGAUGGAUUUGACCUAGACCUCACUUACAUUACAGAACGUAUUAUUGCUAUGUCAUUUCCAUCUUCUGGAAGGCAGUCUUUCUAUAGAAAUCCAAUCGAGGAAGUUGUGCGGUUUCUAGACGAAAAGCAUCCAAGCCACUAUCGAGUCUACAAUCUAUGCAGUGAAAGAGCUUAUGAUCCUAAGCACUUCCAUAAUAGGGUCAGUAGAAUCAUGAUUGAUGAUCAUAAUGUCCCCACUCUACAUGAGAUGGUGGUUUUCACCAAGGAAGUAAAUGAGUGGAUGGCUCAAGAUCUUGCAAACAUCGUAGCGAUUCACUGCAAUGGAGGCAAAGGAAGAACCGGCACUAUGGUUUGCGCUUUCCUUAUUGCCUCUGAAAUAUUUUUAACUGCAGAGGAAAGCCUGUAUUAUUUUGGAGAAAGGCGAACAGAUAAAACCCACAGCAGUAAAUUUCAGGGAGUAGAAACUCCUUCUCAGAAUAGAUAUGUUGGAUAUUUUGCACAAGUGAAACAUCUCUACAACUGGAAUCUCCCUCCAAGACAGAUACUCUUUAUAAAAAGAUUCAUUAUUUAUUCUUUUUGUGGUGAUGUAUGUGAUCUAAAAUUCCAAAUAGUAAUGGAGAAAAAGGUUGUCUUUUCCAGUACUUCAUUAGGAAAUUGUUCGAUACUGCAUGACAUUGAAACAGCUGGCAUAUUAAUUAAUGUAUGUGACAGUCCACCUCUGUAUGAUGAUGUGAAAGUGCAAUUUUUCUCUUCGAAUCUUCCUAAAUACUAUGACAAUUGUUCAUUUUUCUUCUGGUUCAACACAUCUUUUAUUCAAAAUAACAGGCUUUAUCUACCAAGAAAUGAAUUGGAUAAUCCACAUAAACAAAAAGCAUGGAAAAUUUAUCUGCCAGAAUUUGCGGUGGAGAUACUUUUUGGUGAAAUGACUUACAAUGACAUUGUAGCUGGAUCUGAUUAAGUAUAGUUCCCCCUUCCCCUUCUGGGAAAGAAUUGUGUUCUUUCCAACCCUGCCACAUAUUCAUAUAUCCUAAAUCUU